CGUUCGCAUCAGUCAGGAGAGCUACGGCACCUUCCGCUCCCGGGAGUGAUUUUCUCUUUAGUUUCAAAACAAUGUGUGAAACCCUGCUCUGCAGAAACAGUGGCCUCAGUGAGUUUAAGGAUGACUGAAGCUAUUUACUCUCCCAGGGAGGUUUAAAAACUACGGAGGGAUGAAUGGGGUUAGACCUAUCGCUGCAUUGCCAGCAGCCAUCCUAUUACAGCUCUGAAUAAAAGCAGGAAUGGCAUGUCUAGCCUAGGUUAAUAAACCCUACGGAGUGCAUGCCUUAAAAGCACUACGAAACAGCCUUAAGUCAGCUGGAGAAAACUAAUUUCAAGCAUGGCUGUCUAGUGUGCCUGUCAUUCCUAUUGUCCUUCCAAACUAUUUCAGACAUUUUGAGCAGGGAGUACUAAGCGAUGAGUUAGCAGGGGUUGUGACAUUAAUGGUCAAAAAAAGGUUUAAGCAUCAGGAGGAAACGAUGACAGCGCUUAACAACUGGUGGCAGUUCGGAGGAUUCCGCUGGAUCUCUGUUUAAUAAUAAUUAGGCUUCGCCUCGGAGGAAGAUGUGACAACUAUCGGAGGUCCUUCCAUCGUCCCACUGCAGCGAGCAGAGCCAGCACUGGGCAACCCUCUAAAAUGUUUAUUUGGACCAGUGGCCGGAGCUCUACAUCUUACAGACAUGAUGAGAAAAGAAAUAUUUACCAAAAAAUCAGGGAUCACGACCUACUGGACAAAAGGAAAACAGUCACAGCCCUAAAAGCUGGAGAAGACCGGGCCAUACUCCUCGGGCUGGCCAUGAUGGUGUGCUCUAUCAUGAUGUACUUCCUCCUGGGGAUCACCCUGCUGCGCUCCUACAUGCAAAGUGUCUGGACAGAAGAGACUCAGUGCUCGCUUCUCAAUGCAUCCAUCACAGAAACCUUCAACUGCUCAUUUAACUGCGGCCCAGACUGCUGGAAGAUCUCUCAGUACCCCUGCCUCCAGGUGUACGUUAAUCUCACCUCUUCUGGCCAGAAGCUUCUGCUCUACCACACCGAGGAAACAAUGAAAAUUAAUUCUGAGUGUUCCUACAUCCCCAAGUGCGGGAAGAACUAUGAGGAAUCCAUGUCCCUGGUGAAUGUCGUGAUGGAAAACUUCAGGAAGUACCAACGCUUCUCCUGCUUCUACGACCCCGAGGGCGUUCAAAAGAACGUGAUAUUAACCAAACUGUACAGCUCCAAUGUGCUGUUCCACUCCCUGUUCUGGCCCACCUGCAUGAUGAUCGGCGGGGUCGCCAUCGUCGCGAUGGUGAAGCUGACUCAGUACCUUUCCCUCCUCUGUGAGAGAAUCCAAAGGAUCAACAGAUAGGAAUGAAAACUUCUCUGAAAUUUAACUACAGUGAAAAUACUGUUUUCUCAUUCUUCACCAAAGAACCUUAAGUUUGUAAUGUGCAAGUCUGUUAUAAGUUCCUUACGAUAUUCUUAUAAGUAGAGCAAUAAUGCAAAAGCUGUUCUAUAUGCAAACAUGAUGUUAUUAUUAUGCAGACAACUGAAGAAGUUACUGUUUUGUGUUGACCGUCUAUAUGAUCUUGUUUGAUGCUGGGACUAGUACUUCUUUCUUUUCUACAGCCAAAAUAGGGCUCAGUGUGACCAUUCGCCAAGCUUAGUCAAUUGACAGUUUCAGUGUAAAGAACUGUGGGGAAAAUUCACCACUGGACAAAGGGCAGCCAACCACUUGAGCAUCAUUGAGGUCUCGCAUCUGGCUUGGUCCAUUCAAAGGAUUUAUGGCUUUGGCUUUUUUAUUAAUGGCUGCAGGGGAGGGAGGAAAGCACUGAUAAAGGGCUUUGGGGUAUUUUUGUAGUAAGAUGGCACAAAAAGGAUGUAUAUUGAGGCCAGGAUAAGUGUACAGUAUUUUCAGCCUCAGUAGGACUUGGUGAUGCUUUGUGUUUGCUCCCACAGUUCAGAAGUAAAUUGUGCCCUAUGGUGUUUAAGGUCUUUUGGAAAACACUUUGGAGUUUCGUUGUGUUUUGUUUAGUGCUAUGAUUUCCUUCUGUCUUAUCAACAUAAUCUUUGUCACUUGCAGAAGCUGUAGCCAAAAAACAAAACCCACCUUGUUCCAUUUUCUAUUCUAUUCUGAGCCCUAUUGAUGGAGGUGGGACCAGAACUCCUUAUGUAAAGGUUUAUUACUCAUUUGUCUUGUAUUUGCUACCAUAUCAUUGUAAAGAAAAAAUAACACAAUCAGCUAUUUUUUCAUUUUUUACUUCCAACUAUUUUAGAUUUUUUUACUUGAUAUAUAUACAGAUAUAUAUAUAUAUAUAAAGAAAAAGCUAUAUUAUAUCUAGUUGUGUAUUGGAACUUGUUUAUGGGGGUUUUUUCCUUUGUUUUUAUCCACUGGAAAAUGAACAGUACAAGUCAUGUAUUUAUAACCUUCAUCCUUGAAUAAUAACAUGGAGGAGCAGCACUGCAGGAUCUUAUCCAAUAUUCAUAAUGUUGUUUCCGUCAAAGGUCUCUGUUGCUAUGACAUGGGAAUUGACAAAAAUCUCAUCCAAUUCUAUGGCUCUAUUAACUGAAUUGUUAGAUAAUCAUCAUAACACGUCUGGAAGUCUCUCCUGACCUUAACUCAGUAUGCAGGGCUGGCUGACAUGAAUUAUGAUUUACAGGGCCCAGGUGCAAUGAUUUAUUGGAAAAACUGAGAUUCUGACUAAAAUGUUGUCCUAUCUGUCAAAUAUUUACCACAGUAUACUUGCCAGUAUAAUUUCAUGCAAGAUUUCUGAGUAAUUUAUUUUUAUUCCCCUAUAGAAAGCAUUCCCUAUGUUUUAAAGACACUUCUCUCAGUUUCUCACGUUGCACCCAGCCUGAAGGACAAAUGCAAGGCAGAUCCUGGGAGCACACUGUGAACUCAUUAUCCAAUAGCUCAAAGAAACCACAGGCAGGCCUACUCAAACUAAGAAACCAAUAUUUUCCCCUUCAAAAAGACUGCAAAACAAGUAUUUUGCCUCUUUCAUCUCUCUCUAUAUAAGUACCUUUCUGCAACAUGGCAUAAAAAAUUUCAAGAUGUUAUAAAACAAGUCAUGCAAGUGUAAUGUGAGCUGUAAAAAAAAAAAAAAGAGUUCUCAGCAAUGAAAAUGAACCUGCAAUCUUGUAAUCAGUAGUACAAUUUUCCUUAGGUAAUUAAAUUCCUUGGGGGGGGGGGAAUGAUGAAGGUUCCAAAAUAUGUAAUAAAAAUAUUAAAUUAAAUCUU